CUUGCUAAAGUUGGUCACACUCAUGUAAAAACUAAUCUGCUUUCGGUGGACGGUUCGUAAACAUUCAUUUGUUGAUUUUCGGCAAUAAAACCUAACGUUUAACGUUUAAAAUGCGCUCCAGUGAACCGAGUUCAAAUGCAAAAUGAAUUGAAGUGAGUGCCUUAGUCAAAUAAGCCACAAAUUUCCAAAAACUACUGCAGUCUGUACCAACACCAACAUCACGUCAACCGCCAGAAGAUAGCGACAGUCAGCAAACGCCCUACUUAGCAAUAAUUUGCAUGCUACACUACAUUCUUGAAAAUUAUACAUCCCGCAUAUAUUACAUUAAUGACUACGUGUAAUAGGUCAGAUAUUGAUACACGAAAAUGCGUCGGCAGAACGUGACAGAAUUCCAGGACAGAGAAUGACAAUUUUUUAAUUUGCGUGAAGUCGGCUGCGCGCAAUUUGUAACUCGCGUGAAGCUGGCUGCGCCUAACUAUCCACUCCCGUGAAGUUGGCCGUACGCAACUUUUGACUCGCAUAAAAUAAGCUGUACACUCAUUUUGGGCUGGCAGUGCCUCUCUCUUUAACGACAUCUAGCGGCAGAAGUUAACAUUUUCAGCGUUGCCUUUUGUCUCGCACUUUUAUCGACGUCUGUGCCCCUUGCGCGUUUACUGUCGUUUUGCACGCGCAUUCGUGAAAAUGGCGGCGUUGUCGCUCGGUCGCUGCCAAAUUUUUUGUACAUCCAAAAUAAUCAAAAUAAAGCGACAAUAAAUACAGUGCUAAACAAACAGUCUGUGCCAGAGGCCGCGUGCGCGCGUGUGUGUGAAAAUACAAUAAAAGAAAAACAUUCUGGCCAACUCAAAGAAUAUAUUUAACAUUAAUCAGCUAGCGACAAGGAGUUAACGUCGUCGUCGUCGCCAGCGCAUCAGCAGCAGCCGCGUGAAUAAGCGAGUGCGAUUGCAAGUGCGAGCGCUUUGCUGCGGUUGUCGCUUGUCAACGGAGCACCCAAAGGCUUUGGCCAAGUUCGCAUCAGACGGCUACGCAGCAUGCGAGUAUUACACAGGAGCCGUAACAUCAACAUCAAUAAUAAUAAUAACAACAUGGCACAGAUGCACAGUUGAUCAAGAAACCAGGCGGCUAAAGAACGUCACAAGCAGAAGAGAAACUGGGAAACAGGGCCGUGUCCAUUUCCGGCUCUUCAAGCGCCAACGCUUCAAAAAACGAAACCGCCACCGCAACCGCCACGCAAUGAAUAGCAGUCAAACGGCGCCAACGGCCACGUCGGCCGCCGGCAAUCGCAUCACCUUCACUACCCAGCCGCUGCCCAAUGGCACCAUCAAUAUAGGUGGGCCAGGAGGCUCGGGUGUUGGCCCGACGAUCAUCUCAACAGCACAGCUGCCAAAUACGACGACGAUCAAGACCAUAACAGCGGGCAUUGGAGGACAUGGGGUGCCCGGUCUGUCGCAAGUACAACAUCAGGUGCAUCAGCAAUCACAUCAGCAUCAGCAGCAACAGCAGCAGCAGCAUUCGCAAUCAGUAGGUGCCACCCAAACACAAACCUUAGUUAUUAAAUCCAAUCACCAUGCUGUCACCCUGCCGGCGGGUCUAGUAUCAAGUGCACCAGCAGGAAUCGUAACAAUGACCAAGACCAUCAAUCAGACCGGGCAGCCGCUGCUUAAUUCUAUGCUGCCUGCCGGCGUGGUGGUCGGCAUGCGUCCGCAGGCGCCGACGCAGCAGCAGCCAAAGAAUAUGCCCGCAAAUUCGCUCAGUCGCGUCGUCAUCAGCAACUCUCACAUGGGUGGCGUUAGGCCACAGAGUCCAUCGAUAACUUUAGGCACACUUAAUACAGGACAAACGCCUGCACUGUUAGUGAAAACGGAUAAUGGAUUUCAGUUGUUGCGCGUGGGCACGGCCACAACGACGGGCCCGCCGACGAUGACACAGACCAUAUCUAACACCAGCAACAACAACAAUAAUAACACCACAACAACAACCACAAAUCAUCCCAUUACCACACAGAUACGUCUGCAAACUGUGCCGGCUGCAGCUUCGAUGACCAACACCACCGCCUCCAGCAACAUCAUUGUCAACUCGGUGGCCAGCAGCAAUGCGCAUAGUUUCACCAGCGCGACACAUCCGCCGCAUUUGGCGCAGUUACAGCAGCAGCAUCCGCCGCAUUUGCCGCAAGUAACGCAAAUCCAAACGAUACCAGCCGUACAGCCACAUUCGCAGGCAAACAAUGUCCAAGUGUCAUCGGCAGCGAAUGCAGUGGCGACGGCGAAUGCGAACGCAACAACAACGUCAACGGCUGCGCAGGGCAAUACCAAAGAAAAGUGUCGCAAGUUUUUAGCCAAUUUAAUUGAAUUGUCGACACGCGAACCCAAGCCGGUGGAGAAAAAUGUGCGCACGCUCAUCCAGGAGUUGGUCAAUGCGAAUGUGGAGCCAGAGGAGUUUUGUGAUCGCCUGGAGCGUUUGCUCAACGCCAGUCCACAACCGUGCCUCAUUGGGUUUCUUAAGAAAAGUCUGCCACUGCUGCGCCAGGCGCUUUACACCAAGGAGCUGGUUAUUGAGGGUAUCAAACCUCCACCGCAACAAGUGCUCGGAUUGGCUGGACUUCCGCCGCAGCUCCCGAAAAUACAAGCGCAAAUCCGUCCUAUUGGACUCAGUCAGACAACAACCAUUGGUCAGACGCAGGUGCGGAUGAUAACACCAAACGCGCUUAACUCGCCGAGGCCGACCAUUGGCCAUACGACGAUAUCCAAGCAGCCGUCAAACAUUCGAUUGCCCACAGCGCCGCGUCUGGCCAUACGCGGCCAAAUGCCUUCGCUGCCAAUGUCCGCGCAGGCGAACAUUGUACAGAUACGCGGUCCGCAUAACGCACAGUUGCAGCGCACGGGUUCGGUUCAAAUACGCGCCACAUCCCGUCCGCCAAACAGUACGCCCACGAACAAACUCACUGCCGUCAAGGUUGGCCAGACACAGAUCAAGGCCAUAACGCCCAGUUUGCAUCCGCCCUCGCUGGCGGCCAUAUCAUCAAACAGUGGACCGCCAACACCGACGUUAUCAGUGCUAUCGACGAUAAAUUCAGCAUCGACGACAUCUUUGCCGGUGCCUUCGUUGCCCACAGUGCUUCUGCCGCCAGAAGCAUUGCGAGCGCGUGAACAGAUGCAAAAUUCGCUGCAUCACAAUAACAACAAUCACUUUGAGCCAAAGCUGGUGGAGAUUAAGGCACCGCAACUGCCCCAUAUGGAACGUAUAAAUGCGUCGCUGACCCCUAUUUCGGCUAAAACGCUGCCACGUGGUGCGUUGCCUAUGGCCAACAAGUCGGUGAGUAAAAAGAAAAGGGAUGCAGUGGACCGGGAUGGUAAAGAUGAGAGGGCGAACAGCGGCAGCGGGAUGGCAGGAUCAACAGCAGCGGCAGCCAAUUCAUUUUUCCAGCAGAGCUCCAUGUCGUCGUCAAUAUAUGGCGAUGAUGAUAUCAAUGAUGUCGCCGCUAUGGGCGGAGUUAAUCUGGCCGAGGAGUCGCAACGCAUUCUUGGAUGCACCGAAAACAUUGGCACGCAGAUAAGGUCCUGCAAGGACGAGGUGUUUCUCAACCUGCCAGCGUUGCAGGCGCGAAUACGCGCGAUAACUGCGGAACGUGGCUUAGAUGAACCGUCGCAAGAUGUGGCCGUACUCAUAUCGCAUGCGUGCCAGGAGCGGCUUAAGAAUAUUGUGGAGAAGUUGGCUGUGAUAGCGGACCACCGCAUUGAUGUCAUCAAGUUGGAUCCACGAUAUGAGCCCGCGAAGGAUGUGCGCGGUCAAAUCAAGUUUCUAGAGGAGUUAGACAAGGCUGAGCAAAAGCGGCAUGAGGAGCUGGAGCGUGAGAUGCUGUUGCGAGCAGCCAAGUCUAGAACGCGAGUCGAAGAUCCCGAGCAGGCAAAAAUGAAGGCGAGGGCAAAGGAAAUGCAGCGAGCGGAAAUGGAAGAGCUGAGACAGCGCGACGCAAAUUUAACGGCAUUGCAGGCAAUUGGACCGCGGAAAAAACUAAAACUGGAUAGCGAUGCGGCCGGUGUGGGCGUGGGUUCCAGUGGCGGCGGUCUGAUGAGCAACACGGGUACGGCGAGUACAACGUUAAGACCGCGCAUCAAGCGUGUCAAUCUGCGCGACAUGCUCUUCUUUAUGGAGCAGGAGCGAGAGUUUUGUCGCAGCUCGGUGCUGUUCAAGACUUACCUCAAGUGAUUGCUGCUGGCGACGCUGUUGUUUACAUACCUACGCAUCUAUAACAGUUCUCCUGCGCCUGUCCCUACUCCAACUGUAACUCCAACUCCUGCUCCUGUUCUGUUCCUGCUCCAGCUCCAGUUCUAGCUUUCCUUGUUCUAUUUGCGCCUAGCAGCUGCGUUCAUCAAUUUGCAAUAUAAUUUAGCUGUCACAUUUAACUGCGUCGUCUUUUUGUUGUUUUAGUUAGGCGCCCUAUUUAAAUAACAUAUGCGUAGAAAUACCAACUAAAUUGUAAUUAAAAAUUUUUAAAUCUGAUGACAAAUCGUUUUCCAAUCAAAUAGCCAGCAGCACUUAAACCAAACCAAUCCAAAAAAAAUAAAAGAAGAAAAAAGAAAACCAACACAACUCACAGUAGCAUAAAAAAAAACAAAACUCAACGUGCAGUCAGCCAGCGUAUGAUUUUGUAAUUUUUAACAUAAUUAAUUGCAUUAAUUGCAUUGACGGCCUUAUCUAAACGAUAUAAACAUAUAAAUAAUAUGAUUAAAUUGUGUAGCUUAGUUUGUUAAACGAAAUCGAGCGUAAUUUUAGACUUAAGUAAGAUUGCGACAUUCAAGUCCGAGGAUCAUAAAAUGGUUUUUAAAACCAUCAUGGCAUACAAAAGGAAGAAGAAACAAGAGAGAAUACAAUUAUAAACAAAAGGAGAAAUAUCCCCAUAAUGCAUACAUUGAACUAGUUGUAGUUGUUUAAACAAAUUGAUGUAAUUUUAAUUAGAUUAUGUAUAAAACAAUUAACAGAAAACAAACGAUAACAAAACAAAAUACAUUUGUAAAAAGUCCAGACUAAGUUUUUCAAUAGUUUAACUAGGUAAACGCAACGUAAUUAACAAAUUUACGGCAAAGAACUAAAAACCGAACGUAGUUUUAGGCACUAAAAAUAUGGUUUUUAUAUUAGUGGCGCGUUCGUUCAACCAAAUCGGAAUCAUCAAUGAAUAAUCGAUGGAUUUUGUGCAUAUUGUAAUGUUUUGUUUGAUUGAACACACUUGCACCAGCCACAAAAUAGUUCAAUUUUAUACAAAAGAAAAAUACAAAAUUGUAAAAUACAUUGAAAUUUGACUACGUAUAUAUUAA